AUGGCUAAUCAACUCCCCAUGGACGGUCUCUCCAUCAACGAUUCGCAGCACGCCCCCCAGCCCGGCGCCGACCACGGCAUGGGCGGUGGCCGCUCCACCUACAUCCCGCCUCACCUCCGCAACCGCGGCGGUCCCCCGCCCGGCGCCAUGGACGGCCCGCCCAUGAUGAACGGUGGUCCCCCGCCCAUGAACGGCGGCGGAUGGGGCAGAGGAGGAAGGUAUGGCGGCGGCGCCCCUCGCGUGGGCGGCGGCGGCGGCCAAGGCGGUUGGGCCAACGCUCCGAACUUCACUCCCAACAACAGAGGUAGCGACACCACCACCACCACUACAACCGGAGGGUCUUGGAAUUACAAGCCUCCGGUUUCAUUCGACCCCAAAGCUUAUGGUAGUCCAGGUUCGGGUGGCGCAGGUGCCGCUCGCGGUUCGGGUGAUGGACAGUGGAAGGAUGGCAAGCACAUCCCCGGUCCUUCUAACCCUCGCGUCGAGCGCGAUCUUUUCGGCAUCCCCAACGACCCCUCGAAGCAACACACCGGCAUCAACUUCGAAAAGUACGAUGACAUUCCCGUCGAAGCCUCCGGUCAGGGCGUCCCCGAGGCCGUCACGACCUUCACGAACCCUCCCCUCGACGACCACCUCAUCAACAACAUCGAGCUCGCCGGCUACAAGGUCCCUACGCCCGUCCAGAAGUACUCGAUUCCCAUCGUCAUGGGUGGCCGUGAUCUGAUGGCUUGCGCCCAGACCGGUUCCGGCAAGACUGGUGGUUUCCUCUUCCCCAUCCUCUCUCAAGCUUUCCAGACCGGCCCCAGCGCUCUGCCCGCCAACGCCGCUGUCGGUGGCUACGCGCGCAGUCGCAAGGCCUACCCCACCUCGCUGAUUCUUGCGCCCACCCGUGAACUUGUCUCGCAGAUUUUCGACGAGGCCAGGAAGUUCGCGUACCGCUCUUGGGUCAGGCCUUGCGUCGUUUACGGUGGUGCUGACAUUGGCUCUCAGCUGCGCCAGAUCGAGCGUGGCUGCGAUCUGCUUGUCGCCACUCCCGGUCGUCUCGUCGACCUGAUGGAGCGUGGCCGUAUCUCCCUGCAGAACAUCAAGUACCUGGUUCUUGACGAGGCUGACCGCAUGUUGGACAUGGGUUUCGAGCCUCAGAUUAGGAGGAUCGUUGAGGGCGAGGACAUGCCCCCUGUCGAUGGCCGCCAGACUCUCAUGUUUUCGGCCACAUUCCCCCGCGACAUCCAGAUGCUCGCCCGCGAUUUCCUGAAGGACUACAUCUUCCUUUCCGUCGGCCGUGUCGGUUCCACCUCCGAGAACAUUACCCAGAAGGUUGAGUACGUCGAGGACAUUGACAAGCGCUCUGUUCUGCUCGACAUUCUGCACACCGUCGGUACCGGUUUGACCCUGAUCUUCGUUGAGACCAAGCGCAUGGCCGACUCUCUGUCCGACUUCCUGAUCAACCAGGGCUUCCCGGCUACGUCCAUUCACGGUGACCGCACCCAGCGCGAGCGUGAGAAGGCCCUCGAGAUGUUCCGCAGCGGCCGCUGCCCCAUCCUGGUUGCCACUGCCGUUGCCGCUCGUGGUCUCGAUAUCCCCAACGUCACCCACGUCGUCAACUACGACCUGCCCACCGACAUUGAUGACUACGUCCACCGUAUCGGUCGUACCGGUCGUGCUGGUAACACUGGUAUCUCCACUGCCUUCUUCAACCGUGGCAACCGUGGUGUCGUCCGUGACCUCAUCGAGCUUCUCAAGGAGGCCAACCAGGAGGUUCCCAGCUUCCUCGAGAGCAUCGCUCGUGAGGGUAGCAGCUUUGGCGGCCGUGGUGGCCGCUCCGGUGGUGGCCGUGGCCGUGGUUCCCAGGCCACCCGCGAUGUUCGUCGCUUUGGCGGUAACAACGCUGGCGGUGGAAGUGGCUUCGGCGGUGGCUGGGGCGGUCCCCCUGCUGGUGGCUUCAGUGGCGGCUAUGGCGGCGGACCUGCUGCCGGCGGCUAUGGCGGUGGCUACAGCGGUGGCUACGGCGGUGGUUACGGCAACCCCUCUGGUCCCGGUGGCCAAUCUUCCUGGUGGUAA